AUGCGUCUGAGAGUGUUAGAAAUGGGUAUAAUAGUGAUGCUUGUGCUGUGUCGGCGGUGUGGCUUAUUGUUAUGGGGCGCUAAUACGCUGCGAGCAUGGAAGCCUAUGGAACUGCAGGAUCCUAUGGUUGCUUUCUCUAUUUUCUCGUGUGUUACGAUAACUCGAGGGGGGGCAUUUAUCACAGUGGACGAAGGUCUGUCGUUCAUCACACGACUGCUGAAAGGGUUCAUGCUUGGUUUCGCCAUUGCAACUGGCGUAUCUCUUUUUAUCCUCCCCAUCACCAGCAGGGGACACGUCUUCCAAGACAUAAAAAGUUACGUCUCUCAAAUCGAGACCGUACUGCAGGCGCAGAUAUCUUUCGUCAAGCGAAGUUCGACAUCAGGUGUCUGGACCGGCGACCAGGGUCUCCUGGAGCGAACACGGAGCGCGCAAAGCGGGAGGUCAGGUAACGGAGGCAACGAAUCAAAUAAUGUGUCUAGUCUGGAGUCGAAAAAGCAGCAGCUUGCCGCUUCGAUGGGGAAGCUGAAUGCCUUACAUGGUAAAUUACAGUCCGAUUUAUUCUAUUCAAAGGAUGAGUUCGCGUGGGGGAAGCUAUCCGCAGGCGAUCUUAACAGAAUAGGUGAUCUACUCCGAAAUGUCCUAUUACCUCUUUCUGGAAUGGCCAUGCUUCCGGAUAUUCUGGACAUGACUGUCAAUGGUGAAGGAAUACGGAACAAUUCGAUGGGAAGUCUUGCGGACCCAGAAGAGGACAACCUCAAACGCUCUGAAAUUAAAAAAGUUGUGGAAACACUCGAAGAGCGUCUUGGAAGCUGCACUGACCUGAUGCGCUCUGGGCUGCAAUAUGUGCUCCACACCAUCGGGCUAGUUAAACACAAGAACUUGGAAAAACAACUCAAGGCACGAAACAAUGGAUCAGGCGCCCAUGACGAAGAGUCCAAAGGUGACAUUGUCGGUCCGCUUCAGCAAGACUUCACAGCCCACUUCGAGGAGGCUUUAUAUCGAUACGACGCACAGCGCAAGGAACUGCCAGAAGCGCUCGCGUCUCUGGAGGCUUUCUCAUCGUCAGAAAAACGUGACGGAGCAUCGACCAAGUCUGACUCAGAAAUGCUCGCUGACCCCGAUGUCAGACAAGAAUUCUUUCUCAUUGUAUACAUGGAUCAUUUACAGCAUGACUUGCUGCAUGCAACACUUGAUUUGGUAAAGUUCGCAGACCGCAAGGUUGCAGACGGCAUCAUGAAACGGAGCAGAUUCAUAUUCCCAAAACAGGGCUCGAUUUGGAACUGGCUAACAUCAACCUGGACCAAACCAUCAUCUGACAACUCUACCCAUCGACGAUCCACCGCAGGCACUAUAUCAACAUACCAAAACACCACCACACAACCUUUCCCAGACCCUGAAACCCUCACCCCAUCAAACAUCUUCGAAAAAACGAGCACAAUCCUCCGCCAAAUAUCCCGCCUCAUCCGCUCCGAGAAAAGCAUUUUCGGCUUCCGCGUAGCAGCCGCUGCGUUCUGCGUGGGUAUCGUGGCCUAUCUCCAUAAAACGCAGGAAUUUUUCAUCCGUCAACGCGGUAUAUGGGCUAUGAUCGUUAUCGUGAUCGGAAUGAGUCCCACGAGUGGACAGACGAUGUUCGGGUUUGUGGCUCGUAUUGCUGCUACGGUUGUUUCGCUUGCAUUGAGCUUAAUUGUGUGGUAUAUCGUUGAUGGGAAGACUCCUGGAGUUAUUGUUUUUCUGUACCUUGCUAAUGUCUUUGAGUACUACUUCUACCUCAAAACUCCCCAAUACUUCGGCGCCGCGAUGAUAGCAAUCGUGACGCUCAACGUAAUCGUCGGCUACGAGCUACAAGUCCGCAAACUAGGCCUUGAAACAGCAACCUCCAACGGCCAGCCCUACUACCCGAUUUACCUCUUCGGUCCGUACAAACUCGCGACUGUGGCUAUUGGCUGUGGGAUCUCGUUCUUCUGGGUGGUGUUUCCUUAUCCGAUUACUGCGAAGUCGAGAUUACGGAAGAUGCUGGGAAGGGGGUUGUUUGUGCUUGCGGAGUUUUAUAGUGCUAUGCAUGCUACUGUUGAGGUUUGGUUGGGUGAGCUUGACAGUCCCACUGGCAAUAGCACUGUUGCGAUACAGGGAGGACACAGAUCCCAUGAGAAACUGGCAAAAAAUAGACAAAAACUCUUCAAGGAGGAAAUGACCCUCCUCAACGCCCUCCGCGCUCACAGCCACUUCACAAACUUCGAGCCUCCCAUCGGCGGCAAAUUUCCCAAACAAACCUAUGACGCUUUAAUUUCCGAAACCCAACGCAUGCUAACAGCCAUGGCACUAAUGGCAUAUACAACACAAAACCUCUCCAGCCCCGGUCCCGACCCUCACACCCAACACCAAUACCAGAGCCAGGAACGCAACCCGAGGGACAAUACAUGGUCAACCCACCUCGCGCAUAUAGCCCAAACUUCGCCAACCUUCAACUCGCACACCCCAACCUCACUACUCUGCCACCUCUCCGCAUCAUUAUCAAACGCGCAGCCUUUACCCCCGUUCCUCGCAGCGGGAGAUUCGUUCCCGCUAGCUAGGGAGAUGCAGAAAGUUGAUGGUAAAUUGUUGAGUAUUCGGUAUAUCGAGGAUCCGGGGUUUUCGGCAUUUGUGGCGUUGGAGGUGCUGAGGAGUGUUGUGGGGGUGAGUUUGCGGGAACUACUGAGUAAUGUGAGGAUGCUGGUUGGAGAGAUAAGUUUUAACUUUCACGUGGAGGAUGAGGGGGAUGAGGAGGUUAGGUUGAUGUCUGCGUCGGGAAGGGAUUGA